AUGGCCUCCAAUAUCAACACCUCAACCUACAGUGUCCCCGGCUACAAGGAGUCGCGCCACGACGUCAUCCUGGCGAUGAUGAACUGGGUCGAGAACGGCACCGCCCCCAACGACAUUGUCGCCAUCGUGUGGAAGAGCCUCACCACCGCUGAUGACGUGCUUCGUCGGCGCCCCAUCUGCCCCUAUCCCCUCCAGGCUAAGUACACUGGCCACGGCGACCAGAAUGACCCCGAUAACUGGACUUGCGAGUUGCUGUACUAG